AUGGACGUGACCACCAUCUUGACCAUGUUUAGAGAAAUUAUGGACGAACAGAAGAAUGUUAUCGCCAAUGUUAUGAACGAACAGAAGAAUAAUUGGCUGUCUGCGAAAAAAUUGGAUCCCAAUAUCUUUGGCGAGAAGUACCCAGCGAAUGUGGCUGGCCAAAGAGAUGUGACGGAAAUCGGGUUCACCGAGACGGUGGACAUACUCAAGCAGCUGUUUGAUUUCAAGUCGUCAUUGUUCACCACGAGAUAUCAAUGUCUCAAGCUAGAGAAGAGCCAAUCAGAAGACUUCCUCACGUAUACCGGUCGUGUGAAUGAAUUUUGCGAGAGAGCAAAGAUUCACGAGCUAGACUCGGACGGAAUCAAAUGCUUGCUGUGGAUUUUCGGAUUGAAAUCACAGCAGGAGGCAGAGAUCAGGCAGAGGCUGAUCACAGUUCUGGAUAGAGACCACAAAGCAGGCAAAACGGUCUCACUGCAACAAUUGCAUCAGGAGUGCGAAAACUUCUUAAGCCUUAAGAGAGACAGUGAAGUUGUCGCCGGAACUAUGAAACUAGUGGAAGCCACGUCCCGUCCAAGAAGGCUGGAAGGAAAUAGCAAAAAUGGGCCAACCAUCGUGCUAAGUGGAAUGGCCAACACGAAACCUUGGUUCUGCAAGAAGUGCAGGAAGGUCGGUCACAAGGAAAGGUUUUGUGACACUUUACGACAAAAGAAGACUGCGAGUCGCACAGAGGCGACGCAGAAAACUCAGCAUACUAAAGAGAAGUUCUCGGGGAACAGAAACAAUAGAGGUCCGAGAAAGCAAGUACGAAUCGUCAAGAUCGCAAAUGCAGCAGUUCAAGCCAACUCUUCCCGUGUGUACAUCGACGCUGUAGUGAACAACUACUCUGUCAAAUUCCUUCUCGAUACUGGAUCAGACAUCACGUUACUGAACGAGAAGAUUUGGAAGAAGAUGGGCUCCCCAGCAUUGGAGAAGACCAAUAUAGUCGUGAAAAAUGCAAGUGGAGAUACAAUGAAGAUAUAUGGAAAGCUUAAAUGCAAGAUUACCAUGAAAGGUGUCAACACUGAAGGAGAAGCCUAUGUGACGCCGCAUAGCUCACUCUUGGGUCUCGAAUGGAUUCGAGCAAAUGAGAAUUUGAUGUACCACAUAGAAAUGAUGGCUGAAGUGAAGGCCAACUGCAACCCCAGACGUAAAGAAGAGUUGAAGAAAACGUUGAAGAGAGGAAUCAGAAACCUCAAAGGGGAAGAGAAACUGUCAGAGGAUACGUUCAAUGUUAUACGGCAAGCAUACCGAACCACCCCACACAGAUGUCUUGAGGACAGAACUAAAUCAUCGACAUGGUUGUACGCCGAAGAAAAUCGAAGGAAAAUAAAGGAACAAUAA